UUAAAAACGCCUAAAGUUGGCCAAAGUUACAAAGAGUUGCUGAGAACAAUCCCCUGAAACAGAUCAAGUGAAGACUAAGAGAGAAGAUGGACGUGUACAAGAGGCUGAAUGGAGACCGUUUCAAGCAGGGGUCCAUGUACCUUGAAGAGCAGAUUAACAAGGCGGGCGUGGUGUCAUGUAUCUUCUCUCUGAAAGAUGGAAUGGGAGCGCUGGUCCAAACCCUCAGGCUGUUCGAGGAAAAGGGAAUCAACCUGAUGCACAUUGAGUCACGUCCUUCACCCACGAACAAGGAUGAGUAUGAGUUCUUCAUAAGUGUGGACACGUCGUGCUCCCAAGCCCUGGAGGAAGUCAUCGGCAAACUGCGCACUCAAAUCAGCGGCCAAGUUCUGGAGCUGUCACGCAACAAAUUCAAAGACACAUUGCCCUGGUUCCCCACCACCCUGCAGGACCUGGACCGAUUCGCCAACCAGAUUCUGAGCUACGGAUCUGAGCUGGAUGCUGAUCACCCUGGAUUUACAGACAAGGUCUAUCGAGCCAGACGAAAGGAGUUCGCAGACAUCGCCUACAACUACCGGCACGGUCAGCCGAUCCCACAUGUGGAGUACACAGAGGAAGAGAAGACCACAUGGGGAACUGUGUUUAGGGAGCUGAAGUCCUUGUAUGCCACUCAUGCAUGUCGAGAGCAUAACCGCAUCUUCCCACUGCUGGAGGAGUACUGCGGCUACCGCGAGGACAACAUCCCUCAGCUCGAGGAUGUCUCCAUUUUUCUGCAGUCAUGCACUGGAUUUCGUCUGCGCCCAGUGGCAGGACUGUUGUCCUCUCGAGACUUCCUCGCUGGUUUAGCCUUCCGUGUGUUUCAUUCCACCCAGUACAUCAGGCAUGGAUCCAAGCCCAUGUACACACCUGAGCCAGACAUCUGCCAUGAGCUUUUGGGACAUGUCCCUCUGUUUGCAGACCCCAGUUUUGCUCAGUUCUCACAGGAAAUUGGCCUGGCAUCUCUGGGAGCCCCUGAUGAGUACAUUGAAAAGCUUGCUACAGUCUACUGGUUUACUGUAGAAUUUGGGCUUUGUAAGCAAGGCAAUGACAUAAAGGCCUAUGGAGCAGGUCUGCUCUCAUCAUUUGGGGAACUACAGUACUGUCUGUCCGACAAACCAAAACUCUUGCCCUUCGAGCCAGAAAAGACCAGCGUGCAGAAAUACCCUAUCACUGAAUUCCAGCCAGUUUAUUAUGUGGCUGAGAGCUUUGAGGACGGCAAAGAGAAAGUCAGGAAAUUUGCUGCCACCAUCCCAAGACCAUUCUCUCUGCGCUACAAUGCCUACACUCAGAGCAUCGAGUUUCUAGAUAACACAAAAAAACUGCGCAACCUGGCUGACAGCAUCAGCAGUGAGAUGGGGAUCCUAUGCAACGCUUUGCAGAAGAUGGAGUAAAACAUCUAGAACCAUGGACAAGAUCUGAGCGUUUAAACUGAAUUUAUGCCAAAUACUUGUUCGAGUUUUAACAUCUACAUUACGCUCAUACAGAUACCAAUUUAUUAUAAGAAGCAUGGUAUAAAGUAUAAUAUAAAGGAAUACCUGUAGACUAUCUUAUAUUUUAGAAAGUUUUUAUGAGUAUUUAAGCUUUAGUUUGUAGGCUGGAGUAUUUGUAGUCAUUGUUGUAGAUGGUAAAUUUAUCUACCUGCUGAAAUAUACAAAAAUGUGUGUUUUAAUCUUCUUGAUCAGUUCUGAAGAAGUCUAUGCAUGCUUACAUUUAUAUUCUUUUUUUUUAUAUAGUCAUUAUAUGCAUUAUUUGCAUUGCUCGCCCAGAGCUAAUUAUUUAUAAUAUUAAAAAGUAUGCGACUUCAGUUAAACAAACUGUUUUUUUUUUUUUUCAUGCAGUUCCGAAAAAUAAGGUCAUUUUCCCCGUAGACUUCAUUUUGCUUUAAUUUUCCUCGAAGCUGAUGUUUUAAACCGGGCGCAUUUUUCCCGUAAAUUGCCUUUACAGUCACAAUAACCACCCGACGUUGCUCAGACAAUAGUAUUUUAUCAUCUCAAAGUAAUGGACAGUGUGAUAAUAACAGGCUACAUGUACGGUGGCUGUUCCCAUAUUGCGUUUGAUGAAUAGAUAUAGACGUAUAAAUGUAGAACGAGCUGAAUGUAUACUAAGCUUCAUAUUCCUUUAUCAAAAAUUUCCCUCUGCAUGCUUUUUUAUUUAAUCUCAUACAACUGCUCUAUUAACAUGCUUGUCUGAUGGCCAUAUUGGAUUGGAUAAGAGGUGAUGACAAUAAGGGGGUAAGAAAGUGCAAAAAAAAAAGAUGUAACCAAAUGCAUGUGAUAUACGCAAAAUAAAGUUUAAUUAUUGAUA